CCUAAUGGCUCACUUAUCUAACACACAAUCCGAUCGGUUUUCUGAAUCACGUUCGUUUGCCAGCUUUCCACAGGGACGAGCACCAGCAUCGUACUAUUCGCAGCAGUCGACGGCACAAGCAAGAGCUUCCUAUCCUUCUUUCUUAUCAUUACCGGAGACUCUAUCUUAUCAACUUUCUUGGCUAUGGAAAGGCUUCGUAGAUGCAUCUCGCUGGGAUAUUGUUGUCUCUACUGUAGCUGGUGAUGCAGAAAUUAGAGCGAAUAUGCUCAAGUCAUUCAUGUUGAAUGGACUAUCACUAUUGUCGAUCUACAUUUUCGACCUAUUGUUACAACCACUUGUCCGAGACCAGCAAAAGUGGCUACACCGAAAUAUGGGCUGGUUUUAUAGAGUGUUAUGGCUUUUUCCAGUGGUCGGUGCAUCGCUGUAUUUAAAUAGCUCAUGGUGUUCGAUUGUUGCAAACCGUGUGUAUACACUUCGACACGGCAGUCGAAAAACAGCACCUUCAACAUACACCGGCAUCCUAACCGCCCUUGCUACCUCGGCCUAUCGGGCUGUUAUGAUAUGUACAUCAGUGGUGAUUGCAUUCGCAUUGGGAUACGUUCCGGUGGUUGGCUAUACUGCUGGCUUCAUUUUCUUCUGUUGGGUAGACACAUAUUACUGCUUUGAGUUUAUUUGGAUAGCUCGAGGAUUAUCUCUUGCCCAGCGAAUAAGGCACCUUGAAGAACGCUGGGCAUAUUACCUUGCUUUUGGAUUUCCUUCUUCCGCUCUGUGCAUGUGGGGGAGCACCUUGGCCAAUGCAGCCAUAUUCGCUCUCAUUCUUCCUUCAUAUAUCAUCAUGGCGAUGCACGCGAAACCAGCUCCCAUAAAUCCAUAUAACCCAUUGCCAAUAUCUGAUGCAAGCGAUAUCCGAUAUCCCUCUCCUUUCGUCCCAAUACGGUUACCUAUUUUCGCGGUAGUAUUAUGGAUCAAUGACCGCAUUGUUCGACUCUUAAGUGUCGGUGGAAGUAGAAACCGCGGAUAUGCUCAAGGAGUAAUGGUAAGCACUGCUGGUGGCAUUAGCGAUACAAUGGUAGAAAGUGUUGAAGAGGGUGGUGGUGAUGCUGCGUCCGCAGAGGCUAUGCAUUCGGCAUCUAGGGAGAGGCGUGCGGGAGGUGGAAUCCGGGUAGCAGAUACCAGAAGAAGGAAGAAGGAUUAGAAGCAAACAUCAUGUAG